UCUGAGUGUCAGCAGCGGAAAUCUGAGGGGAAGCUACUCCAUUCUGGGCUGGUCGAUUGAUUCGCGUCAAAGAGCGGCGGCGGCGGCAGCGCCUCCUACUUCGCCCUUCAACUGCCGCUCUGCUUCUCAGUCGUCACGCUCCUCCGGUUGAGACAAGAUGUCUGACCCCAACUCCGUCCCCAUCACAGCCAAGAAGCUGCGACCCAGGCUUCACGGCAGAAGCAGCCUCCAAAACGCUGAACCCGCAGGUGAUAGUCCCUCAGAUGUGCACAACAAGACUGGGACUCUCAAGCAAAUUCAUUGCUCUCAGUCACUUCCUGGAACUCCACUCUCACUCAAAUCUUUUCCUAUUCAUCUACCUCCAUCCAUGGAUGGGAAGUAUAAGGAGAUUGCAGAGGAACUGUUCACCCGAUCACUGACAGAGAGUGAUAUGAGGACUGCUCCUUAUGAAUUUCCAGAGGAGAGUCCAAUCGAACAGCUGGAGGAGAGACGGCAACGUUUGGAACGCCAGAUCAGUCAGGAUGUGAGACUAGAACCAGAAAUUUUGCUCAGAGCCAAACAGGACUUCAUGAAAAUUGACAGCGCUACAGAUCUACAACACUACAAGGACCAAAUUGAUGCCACAACAGAGAAGUACCCUGAGGAAAAGGAGAAUGAGAUUGAGCAGGAAUUCCAACGAGUUCGCAUUUUUGGAGAAGAAAAAUGUGGGGUUCCUUUCACAGACCUUCUGGAUGCUGCCAAAUGCGUUGUCAAAAGCCUGUUUGUUCGAGAGAAAUACAUGGCUCUCUCACUGCAGAGCUUCUGUAAGACCACUAAGAGGUUUCUGGAGCAACUGAGAGACGGGCAGUGUCAAGCAAACUUGCAUGAUGAAAUGCUGGAAGCGCCCAUUUCACCAGAUACAACAAUCCAUUCACCAUUUGCUGAGGAGCAUCCAUAUAAAAACUGUGACCCAAGUAUAAUGCCAGAGGACAUUGGGUUUGGCUGCAAAAUGAUAGAUGGAGUCACCCAUGUGUACUCUGAAUCAAAGAUUAUGGACAAGAUGACAGAACUGAACCUGCCUCGCCCAGAUCUUCAGGAGUUCACUGCAGACAUGAAUGUUUUAAUGGCCCUAAUAAUUAAUGGACCAGUGAAAUCCUUCUGCUAUCGAAGGCUGCAGUACCUGAGUUCAAAGUUCCAGAUGCAUGUUUUACUAAAUGAAAUGAAAGAACUGGCUGCUCAGAAGAAAGUCCCACAUCGAGACUUCUACAAUAUUCGCAAAGUUGAUACCCAUAUUCAUGCAUCAUCCUGCAUGAACCAGAAACACCUGCUCCGUUUUAUCAAGCGUUCAAUGAAGAAGAACCCAGAUGAAAUUAUUCACGUGGAAAAUGGAAAAGGACAGACGCUGAAGGAUGUCUUUGAGAGCAUGAACCUCACAGCAUACGAUCUCAGCGUGGACACACUAGACAUGCAUGCGGAUCGAAACACCUUCCAUCGGUUUGAUAAGUUCAAUGCCAAGUAUAACCCAAUUGGGGAAUCGAUUCUUCGUGAGAUUUUCAUCAAGACUGAUAAUUACAUUGAAGGCAAAUAUUUUGGUCACAUUAUAAAGGAAGUGAUGGAAGAUCUUGAAGAAAGUAAGUAUCAGAAUGCUGAGCUCCGCUUGUCUGUAUAUGGUCGCUCCCGGGAUGAAUGGGAUCGACUGGCAAAGUGGGCAGUGAAGCACAAAGUCUACUCCAACAAUGUGUGCUGGCUGGUACAGGUUCCACGGCUUUUCGAUGUCUUCCGUACAAAGAAACAGCUGAACAACUUCCAAGACAUGUUGGAGAACAUUUUUAUUCCCAUCUUUGAAGCAACAAUUAAUCCUCGCAACCACCCAGAGCUUCACUUGUUUCUUCAGCAUGUCGUUGGUUUUGAUAGUGUCGAUGAUGAAUCCAAACCAGAACAUCACAUCUUUAAUGCAGAUAGCCCUUUACCCAUGAAUUGGACAGAAGAUGAUAACCCACCAUAUGCCUAUUAUCUUUACUACAUGUAUGCUAACAUGACGGUUCUGAAUCAUCUUCGCAAGAAGAGGGGAUUCAAUACGUUUGUCUUACGGCCACAUUGUGGAGAGGCUGGUCCUAUCCACCAUCUCAUAUCUGGAUUCAUGCUUUCUCAGAAUAUUUCCCAUGGUCUUCUGCUUCGAAAGGCUCCAGUGCUGCAGUAUCUGUACUACCUGGAUCAGAUUGGAAUUGCAAUGUCCCCGCUAAGCAACAACAGUCUUUUCUUGAGUUAUCAUAGAAACCCACUGCCAGAGUAUCUCUCCAGAGGCCUAAUGGUAUCUCUUUCUACUGAUGAUCCUCUGCAGUUUCACUUUACCAAGGAGCCACUGAUGGAAGAAUACAGCAUUGCUGCCCAAGUAUGGAAAUUGAGUUCCUGUGAUAUGUGUGAGCUGGCACGGAACAGUGUGUUAAUGAGCGGUUUCUCUCACAAGGUAAAGGGCUACUGGUUAGGACCAAAUUAUCAAAAGGAGAGCAUAGAGGGUAACGAUAUCCGUCGCACUAAUGUCCCAGAUAUACGGGUUGCCUACCGCUAUGAAACGCUGUGUGAAGAACUGAAUUUGAUUACACAGGCAUUGAUCACUGCAGAACAAUUGGAGAAUGAUUCCAUAAACAUGACACCGGUAUCUGAAUCACGAUAAGCUGCUUUUUACAUUUUGUGAAUGAAAGCCUGCACAUGGAAGGCCAGUGUUGUUUAAAACCAUUGUAAACUGGACACCUGUAGAAUGCUAGUGCAUCUGGCAGUGUUUACCCCACUAUGUAAUUGCUACAAAUAGUUAUUAUUACUAGGAGCAUUUGAAUUGAAAACAGUUGGAAAACUUUAGCUUCUAGCAUACCCACAACAGACUCUACCUUUCAUUGUGCUUGUUUUACAAUAAUGUGAGAGUUAUUUAAAUCUAGUUGCCUGUUCUUUUAGAUUACUUUUUAGCUGGCAUGACCUGAAUGUCGGAGUUGUCCAAGGUGAGGGAGUAAUGAGUCCAACAUGUUGCUUCUCAUAUGAGUGUGACUCUGUGCAUUCGUUUGGUUUAUUCUCAAAAGUUCUACCUCCCUGCAUUCUAAGAGGUGCUAUGGUAGCCACCCAUUUGCCUUAGUUCCUACGCAUUUCAUGACCAUUAAAAUUGAGGGUCUGUCUCGAUUUUCUUUUUUUUUAAAUGACACAGCAGCCAUUUAGCAUGUUAGAUUCUCCCAUAAGCAUGAUGUGACUAGGAUGUUUAAAAAUUGAGGAGCUAGAAUUAGUUGAAGGAAGUUCAGCAAACAUCCAAAUUAUACAGAGUCAACAUAGUAUGGAGCUGGAGGAACAAAGCAGGUCAAGCAAGAUCAGAGGAGUAGGAACGUAGACGUUUUGGACCCAACUCCUACUCCUCUGAUGCUGCCUGACCUCCACACUGCGUUGACUCUGACUCCAGCACCUACAGUUCUUGCUGUAUCCAAAUUAUACAUAUUUGUUGUUGAAUUUGGGGUCCGAAUGAGCAUUCUGAGCAAUCGGUUUUACUUUUUCCCACUGUCAUCAGCCUGAUGGUGAUUUCAGGAUUGUUAAUGCUCUUUGGUCUCCUAAGUCUAAAUCAGAAUGUUAUGGGUUCAAUCCCCACUCCAGGGAUUAGAAGCUCAUAAUUUAGAAGGACCCUUCAAUGCAUAUUGCUGUAUUGUCAGAUGUGCUAUUUCUUAGAUGAACUGUUAAACUGAUUUUACUUUCUGUUUGUUAACAGAUAGACAUAAAAGUAGUGCAGCGUUGUUUUCCCACCCCCACCCAUGUUGACCAAUAAUUAACUCUCACUGUGCAUCAUCAAAAACAGAUUAACUGGUGAAUCCUGCCAUGAUCAAUUUGUUGUUUCAGUUGCCUGCAAAAUAACAAUGAUUAAACUUAAGAAGUAAUCCAAAAGCUGUAAACCUCUUUGGGACAUCCUGAAUUUAUGAACCAUUCUUAAUUUUUACUUUGAAUUUCAUCUUGCCUAGAUUAGUUGCCCUAAAUGUUUUGGAUGUGAUGGUGUUCACGGAUUUGUGACUUGCAGCAUUUGUGUUAAAUAAUGCACCUUUUUUUAAAAGAAAAGGUUGAGCCCAAGUUUUUGCUUAUUAAUUCAUUUGUAAAUUGAAGUCAAGCUAUCUGUGUGCUAUUCCAAAUCUGUUGACAGUUUGCUCAGUAUUGAUGAUGCAUCUUUGAUUAAAUUGCUAUUUGUGCAUUUGCUCGGCAUUUGAGCCGAGUAUUCUGCUUUCUGAUAACCUUUCAGAAGCAAAUGCUAGCAGCUUCAUUCUAGAAGAUGUAGGCAUAUUUAAAACGGGAUGCAGCUUAUACAAUUGAUAAUUAUUGACUGGGAAACAGGAAGGAGGGUAACUGCCUUAUUGCUGCAUGAUAACAUACUGCUUUGAUACCACUAAUUUUCUGUUAAAUGCUGGUGUACACAUUGUUUAAUAAACCCACACCUACUUACUGUUCCUCAGAAUGCAUAUCAUGACCAUGUUGCAUUCGGCAGUGAAAAGCUACAUCCUAAUGCCAAAAGAGCACUUCUGUAAAAAUUACUUCUGGCCUUAUUAAGUAGUAAUUUUGUUUUAACUAUUUGUGGAAGUGAAAUUCAGACAGCAUGGACACCAUGUUUGCUGUUCAGCUCUCUGGUGUUAGAGAACUAAUUGCUUGACUGGAGCUGGAGAUUUUUCAGAAGGAAGAUCAAGCUUUUCUAAGUGGGGAGAAAAGUCGUGAACUAAUCUUUGUCUAGUUGCUAUUUGCUUUUAAACCCACUGUUCAAUUAAGCUUUUUAACAUUUGCUUUGGCUACCUACAGAUUUACUGUAAUAGCAUACAUAUUAUGUAGUGUUUACCUUCAUGUAAUGUACAGUCCCAUCCUUUUGAAUGGCUGUAUUCUGUUUGCUAGUGAAAUCCAGUCAUAUGACUAAAAUAAGACUGGGGAACCCAGCAUGAAAUUAAUAGUUAGGCCCAGAGAGACAAUUGUUACCAUUGAAGGCAAGCCACCUACCUGAACCCUUCUUGGGUGGAUGGGCUCAAUUCUUGAUGCUUUCAUUUUGUUAUACAGGUCACAGAACCCUUCAAUGUUAUUUACAUCUAUCUGCUGCUCACCUAAAUCUUUUACUGCCUCUAUUACAGGCACCUUUCACAGAUAUCCUGAAACUGCCCUACAAGCCAAUUAAAUAAUUGCCUCAGUGUUUGCAUUUUUGUCUAAAUGCUGUCACGUGGUGAAUGUUUCACAUUUUUUAACAUCUUUUGUUGACAUUUUACUAAUUAGCUUUUAGUAAUGUAAUUUAUUUUUUAAGAUAUAGUAAAUAAUGUUCACGUACUGUGACUAUUUUGGUGUGGGAUAAUGGGAUUUUAUGAACAAGUUGAACUUCAAUGAUGUGAUUUGUGCAACUGAAUCACUUGGCUGUUGCAGCUUUGUAAUGCCUACAUCGCUAUUUGCUGGCUGUACCCUCGUGCAAAUCAGUUUUACAUCAGCGCUUUUAUAAUAUGACUUGUUAUCUGAAAGCACAAUAGUCAGAUUCUGUUUGGCGACACAUGGGAUUUCUAAAAGGUAGCCAAUAGGAGAUUGCUGUAGCAUGAAGCAUAGUAUACAGUGAGAGUCCAGGGUUAUUCAGUGUACAAUCAGUAACCUGACCGCGAUGAUGUAGUCUUGGUUUAUGAUUAACUAACUGUGAAUCUUUGAAGGUCAGUAAUGGUUAGAAAACGGUCUUUGUUACAGACCCCAGCAUCAAUCCUAAAACAACUUGUUCCUCAGUGCCAUAAACAAUGACAAUACUUAUUUGUCCGAAGAAAAUAGGCAGCAUAGCAGGACAGAGUUUAGGUAGCUCAUGUGGGAUGAAGAAAAGCAUUGGCACAGAUUUAAUGGCCUCAAUAAUCUGUCUGUGCUAUAACAUUCUUAGCUAAACAUUGACAUUUUUGUGUAUCUAAACUAUGUCAGCAAUUCUUCUACACUGAGCUUUAUUUGAAUUCCUUUGAACAUUGUCUAAACUUUGUUAGAUUAACUUAAACUGCAUCUGAUACAUUUAAAACAAAAAUUAAACUUGAAUCUCCUCUUCAGGUGCCCCACACUGUUCCCAACUGUAUGAGCAACAUACACACUGCCCUAGUUUCUGUGGAGGUGUUCUGCAACCAACCUGUAAAAGGAAAAGACAAAAUCGAUUACUUAUAAGAUUUUAUUCUUUUUUUUAAAUCCACAUUGCUACCUUGCUGUUAAGCAACAAUUUUUACAAGCCUUAACUCAAUUUUAAUCCUGGUCUUAAAUAUUGGGAGUGAUUUCUUAUAAAAGCCUGGGUGUAUUUUGAGUCUAAUAUUCACAUGUUUUGAGGUUUAUAGAGGAGGCAGAAACCAAUGUAAUACACUCGCAACACAAAAACACAUGGGGAAGCAUAACUUCAUUCUGAUGAUGAUGCCCUUUUACGUUGGAACGUGUUAGAUUCUGGCAGUUCUCCUUAGUAUUAAGGGAAUAUUCCAAUCACUGCUAAACUGACCAGAAUUUUACUUUAUUUGUACGUUUUAUAUUAUUUGUAAACCUUUUUGUUGCAAAACAGAAUAAACAGUGUUGUUGAUUGAGCUGCAGGCUAUUCUCAUACACGCUCUAAUCAUUUCACUGGAAGAAGUUCCCAUUGUAGCCAUUUGUUUAAAUCCAUUAUAUAGAAUUAUCUAUAUUUAUAACAUUAAAUAUUAGUAUGAGCUGUUUUAAGUGUCAUUUUUCCAUGUACUUUCUUGAUAAGACCCAGUUGUUAGAAAAUGGUGUGUUCAAUUGGUGGUUCUACUAGUUUUGCAAUAAAAUGGAAAAAACUCUUUUUAAAAAGCAAAAAGAGCCGGUUUACAAGAACUGGUUUACAAUAUUAUCCAAUAUUAUAAUUCUUUAAUUAUAGCACUCAUCAUGUUUUUAAUCAACAGAUUAGUCAAAUUAGCUUUUCUAGAUUAAAAUGAGAUGAAUGCAUGAGAUUGGUAAUGUUUAAAGUGACUAAUAUUGAGUGUAACCUUGUAUUUUGUACUUUUGUAACUUUGUAUUUUAUUUACAUCUUAGGUUUCCAGCAUUUAAGUUUUAAUUCUAUCAGUGCUUUUCUAGAUAUUCCAAUUAAUGUAUGAUCAUGCUGUGAUUCAGUUCAGAUUGUAUUUAAGCUAGACUUGAUUCAUAGUUUGUGUGUAGCUCUAUCUCAUUCUUAAAUAGUGGAUUCCUUCUGAAGGCAGAUAUAGCAACCAUGCUAAAAGAUUAACACACUGAUUUUCAGUUCCAGUCAGCAUGGAGCGUCUAAAUAGCAUACCUUCAGCUCUGAAAUAAAUUAAGCCUACUAUAGAGUAAAUUAAAACUGAUUAUAGUAUACUGAUCUGUAUGCCUGACAAUCCAAUAUAAUAAUAUGAUCAGCAAAUAAAGUGCUUUGAAGAAAAUUGCCAUUGCUAAUACAGAAGAAAAAUGAAGAUGAAAGAAAGUUGCACGUUUUCAUUAUUGGACUACAAAUGCUGCUAAAUCAGUGAAACACAUCCUGAAAAGUCGUACAAUGGUUGAGAAAUAUUACGGACUGGAAAUGCUGCAAAUUAAAUCCCAAGUGUGCAAGGAUGGAACAACUGUUGGGACAUGGGAGUUCUUUUUCUCCUUGAUGGCUAUACAGCGACACCACCACCCACCUCCCUGCCCCCACACUGGCAUUGUAUUUGUGUGUUUCUUGAGUGAGGGAAAGAUUGAUCUGAGCGCAGGCUGAUUUUCGGCCACCACCCCCUCCGUUUCUCCCUCUAAUCAAAUUGUUCCUAACAUCCAGUGUUGAAUUAUAAAUAAUGACCACUUAAUGAUCUCCUACCAUAUAGAAAAGUACUUCAGUAACAGAGGCAGUGUUUCCAUAAGGGAAAAGUAGGUGAGCAGUUGGAACAGGAGUUAUUUGCGAAGAAUGGUAGGCAUUAGCAGAAAAUGGAAAUAAUUUUGUUAAUUUUAAUGAAGAUUUGUGUAAUGCUGUUGUCUUUCACAGUUGUAUUGGCAUAGAUAUUUUAGAGUUAAAUUCUCUCUGCAUUAUUCCAUACUCUUUGUAAAAUGUAUGUAGUUAAUGAUAUGAUGAAUCAUGCCUUUUCUGGCAAAGCUUAGAACAUGUAAAGCAGGCUGUCCAUCAUCAGCAAAGCCCUCUAGCUCAGUUGAUUGGACGGCUGGUUUGUGAUGCAGAGUAAUGUCAACAGCUUGGGUUCAAUUAUUGUAUUGGUUGAAGUCACCAUGAAGGCCUGACCUCCUUAACCUCACCCCUCGCAUGAGGCAUCCUGAACGUCGGGUUAAACUCACUACCCAUUGUCUCUGUCCAACAAGAGAGCAUCCCUGUGGUCCUCUGGAACUAUGGCAAUUUCACCUUUUAUUGUUGUUAGAGAUUCAGCUUGGUUCAUUUAAAAGCACUCUGUUGUGACCGGAAGUCUCAUUCCAUCAAUUAGGCACAUGCUGACCAUUCAGUGGAUUAUAGAUAGUGUUGCAUGUUUAGUAGUGCCACUUUUUGGAAGAGCUGUUUAGCAGAGGACCUUCCACCUCUUUUUGGUGAACAUAAAAGAUCAUGCAAGCAUUCAGCGAGGAGUAGGACAUUCUCUUUGUACACUGGUCGGCAUGUCAACCUCACAACAAAAAAAAUCGUACUUACUGUACAAAGUUGCUUGCAGCAUUUGCUUCCAAAUGAGUGAUUCCAGGUGAAAGUUGUUUGUGAAGCACUUCACGAUGUUGAGGACUUGGAAAAUAAAACCGUAAUAGAAACAAAUUGCAUUACAGCUAGUUUUAAAAAGAUUAGAGAAGUGUGGUAUUACAAAUGAGUCUGUAGAGCAGGGAAACUGUACUUUUUAAAACAUUUUUUGAAAGGAAUCAAUGAGCAGUUUUUUUUUUUUAUUUUGCCACGAGUAAUUUGGAAGGUUAAUGUGAAGAGUUUAGAAAUUUUUAUCAAGACUUUAUAAAUACUCGUUUUAUCCUUAUCAUUGGUGUUGUGUUUGACGUUGGAUUUGUCUGAAUUUUUUUGUCACUUUGUAAGCAUAUUAUUCUUUUACUGUUUACCUGAAGUUCAGCUUAAUAUCUGAGAUGGCUGCUGCAGUCUUGAUAGGCGUCACUAAUUAACUGGAGAUAAGCCAUAAUUUAUACUCCACUGUGAAUUAAAUAGAUGGUAGUGAUGCUUUUGCACGGUAUUUCUCUUGGAUAUAACAAUGCUAGAUGAAACCAUACCAUUAUUGCAAACACUAGAUCAGAAUAUAAACUGCCUGUUAGAACAAUGCACAGGUGGACAACAGACCUGGCUUAUACGGUUGACAUUAUGGUUUAUUCAUAUGUUCUCAUUAAAUAAACCAUAGCUUUUAAAAUCCUAUCAGAGAUAGUAGGAACUGCAGAUGCUGGAGAAUCCGAGACAACAAGUUGCAGAGCUGGAUGAACACAGCAGGCCAAGCAGCAUCAUAGGAGCAGAAAG